UCGAGUUUCCGUUCAAGAAUCACUCUUUAGUCAUCAAACUCCCGACUUUAUGCUGACCGAGUGAGAAAGAUGCGUCCUUUCUUAUUUACUCAUGGUGAUGGCAGAGGCUGCUACCGGUGAAGAGCUGAAGCUCGUAGGAGUACAAAUGAUCAUCUGAGCUGUUUCGAUUACCGGUUUCGGUUUAAUGGGUAGAGGCAAAGGAAAGGGGAAGAAAUUGACCUUGGCCACUAGCAAUGAGGAUCGAGGGAGUGGUGAUGAAGAGGCGAUUCCUGCAUAUAAGAGGAGAGGAAGGCCUCAGAGACGUUUGAAGGAUGACAUCGAUGAAGACGUCACCGAAAAGAUCGAGGAUGGAGAAGAUGAUGUGAAGCACACUUCUGCGCCAAGCAAAGAUCCCAAGGUCUCCACGGUGGUGAACGGAAAGAAGAGGAAGAGACACGGCAAGGCAAAAGACAACCCUGCCUUGAUCUUGGAGGAAAACUUCGGAGCUGCAUCCAAAUCCAAGAACGAUGAUGUGACUGGGUCUAAUGGUUUCCGGCAUACCGGGAGCCGGCGGAAGAGCAAGCCACGUCGGGCUGCUGAAGCUGGAGUUGAGUGCAAGUGAGACUAAUGGUUUCAUCCUAUGCUUCUCCCCUUCCUUCCGUUGCCAAACAUUGUCGAUGGCUGAGAACCUCACUUGGUGGAUCACUUCUCUUGUUCUUGUGCCGAUCUUUGUUACGGUCCAACUCUUAUCUCGUUGAUGAA